AUGGACGACACUUACGUGUUAUUUAGGUGUAUAAUAUGUCUUGUCACUGGAUUUAUCUUACAAACAGCAAUAUGUGAAGAUUACGAUGAAUGUUACCGUAAUGCGAAUGGAGAGGACUAUAGAGGAACGGUGUCAGUCACAGUCAGUGGAAAUACUUGUCUCAAUUGGAUGAAUGAUUCCCUCGCCAGUUAUCCAUUCAAUCCCACGUAUUUCCCAAAUUCUGGACUUGGUGACCACAACCAUUGCCGUAAUCCAAAUCCGUCAGUGUAUGAUGCCGUGUUUUGCUUCUCGUCUGGCGUAGAGCACACGAUUGAAUUGUGUGACAUUGGAAAUCCUAACGAGAACUGUCAAACCAUUGUACCGACACCGGAUUAUUGUGCACGUCAGGAUGCAUGUUUUAACGGGGCAAUCUGUAUCCACCCUGCCACGGACAGUUUCGAUUAUGUGUGUAUUUGUCAAGAUGGUUGGAGAGGUCGAGAUUGUCACGUAAGCAUCGAUGACUGUGAACUUGAUUCCUGUCACAACGGCGGGAUCUGUGUAGACGGACAUAUGUCGUACACCUGUACGUGCCAAACAGGAUGGACUGGGGAAGAAUGUGAAACAAACAUAGACGAAUGUCGAACGCAAGAUAUUUGUCAAAAUGGCGGUACCUGCGAAGAUAGUCGCGGUUCCUACCGCUGUGUGUGCCCUUCCAUGUAUAAUGGAGAACACUGUGAGGUCGGUUUAGAUGAUCAUGCUUGCAGUAGUAAUCCUUGUCAGAAUGGAGAGUGCCAGGUCGUGAGAUCUGAAAACUUCUACGCGUGUCUGUGUAACGAAGGUUGGCAGGGUGUUCGAUGUGACGAGAAGGUUUGCAAUGAUUGUGGAAACAACCGCUUUCCCGCAACUACAACUCAUACUGACAAGAGUACAUUCAUUCACUACAAUAACUUGGUUACCGAGAAAAUUAAAACUGUAACAGAUACUGCGACUGUGAGAAACGAAGUUACGACUCAGUAUUUUAAAACCACGCCAUCGUGGGACAUGGGUCAAGGCAAACAAAGAACGGAUUCGGCAAAUGUUGCUAUCGUAGCUGGAAUAAUUGCCAUCGUCGUUGUAUCCGUGGCAGUCACAGCUGCUAUCAUGGUGUUAUUUGCCAAAAGACGGUUAAAUUCUGCCAAACACGGACGUCGUGACAGUGUGGUGACUGAGAUUGAAAACUUGAGUUAUGACGCAGCAACUGAGAUGAAGCAAAUCGAACCAGAUCCAAAAGGGCGCCAUCAAGAAGCAGCGUAUUACUCCUCUGUGGACGAGGGGGAGAUGUAUACCGAAAUCUCUAAUAACCAUGGUAACGGCAUUGAUGCAAACGUGGGGAUUUAUCGGACCGGUGAAUCGAUGCAUGGCACAGGGCACCGUACAGGCGUUGAAAAUCCUGCUUGUGAAAGUAACACAAGUCUGGAGUUCGGAUCCAGGUUGCCGUUAGCAACGGUGAAAGUAAGUGAUACCCAUAUUAGUAAUACUGUGACUGCUCCUGACGUCACUCAGUCUGUUGACUGCGACGUCAUAAAUUCAAAGACGGAAGAUAAUGAGAUUGAUGGUACUGAAGAUAUUUAUGCAGAAAUCGACAGUAACCAUGGUAGUCAAGAUGAUGAGAAUAUUGUGAUGGAUCAGUCAACACGCGACGGGGAGGAUGGGAAUAAUACAGAAGGGUUUACUGACAACAUUGUGUACGAAAGAGGUGAUGAAAUCUGCAGUAACCAUGGCAACCAAGAUGACGAGAUUGUCAGAGUGGGGCAGUCAAGUAGCAAUGAACUGGUUCCAACACGCAACAGGGACGAUAACAACAAGACAGAAGGGUUUGUUGACAACAUUUUGUAUGAAAGUAACGAAGAUGUGUAG